CGGUGCCGCGGGCGCGCCGUGUGUCACCAACAUACAAGACCUAAAGCCGACACUCCGGUAUAAAAACUGUAGCAGGUCAUACAUUAUCACAGUCCUACACUUGUUCGCAAAUCAGCAACAACAUACCAAAUCUACAAACAUGGUCGCCAAAUUCGUCAUCGUCCUGUCCCUCGCCGUGGCGGCUUACGCCGUGCCCCUUGUCCCCGUCAGCAAGGUGGUGUACGCCGAGCCUGAGGCGCCCGCUCACUACGAGUUCUCAUACUCCGUGCACGAUGACCACAGCGGUGACGUGAAGCAGCAGCAGGAGGCUCGUCAAGGCGACGCCGUCCACGGCUCGUACUCUCUCGUGCAGCCCGACGGUGUGCACCGCAUCGUCGAGUACACCGCCGACAAGGAGCACGGAUUCAACGCCAACGUGCGCUACGAGGGCACCCCCGUCCAAGCUGCACCCGCCAAGAUCGCCUACGCCGCUCCCGUUGCCAAGGUCGCCUACGCCGCUCCCGUUGCCAAAGUAGCCUACGCCCCAGCCGCAGUCUCUUACUCCCACGCUCCAGUCUACGCCGCCCCCGUCGCCAAGGUCGCCUACGCCGCCCCUGUCGCCAAGUUCGUCAUCGUCCUGUCCCUCGCCGUGGCGGCUUACGCCGUGCCCCUUGUCCCCGUCAGCAAGGUGGUGUACGCCGAGCCUGAGGCGCCCGCUCACUACGAGUUCUCAUACUCCGUGCACGAUGACCACAGCGGUGACGUGAAGCAGCAGCAGGAGGCUCGUCAAGGCGACGCCGUCCACGGCUCGUACUCUCUCGUGCAGCCCGACGGUGUGCACCGCAUCGUCGAGUACACCGCCGACAAGGAGCACGGAUUCAACGCCAACGUGCGCUACGAGGGCACCCCCGUCCAAGCUGCACCCGCCAAGAUCGCCUACGCCGCCCCCGUAGCCAAGGUCGCCUACGCCGCUCCCGUUGCCAAAGUAGCCUACGCCCCAGCCGCAGUCUCUUACUCCCACGCUCCAGUCUACGCCGCCCCCGUCGCCAAGGUCGCCUACGCCGCCCCUGUCGCCAAGGUCGCCUACUCCGCUCCCGUAACUCACGUUACCUACUCUUCUCCCGCCGUCUCUUACUACCACUAAAUUAUUAGAUCUUGUUGUUGCAUAGACUGUUGUAUUUAUUGAAAUGAAUAGGCACUAUUAAAUUUUUCAAUUGUA